ACGGAGGUUGGAGUUUCUUCUGGCAGAUGCACUCUGAACAAUGAGUGUGACACCAUUUUUACAUGUGGUGGAGUGCAGUCAAAUCAUUGUAGAGCCACUGCAAUAGCAGCAAGACAGCUUGGCUUGGAUUGUUAUUUGUUUCUUAGAAACUCUGAACAGGUCAGCUAUACUGUAUAUUUUCUUGCAAUUAUGUACAAAAUGAACACCUUUUUAAAUCGGUCCCCUUCACUUGAUGCCCUUGCUGUUUGAACCUAUCCACAUUAGCUCACAUAUAUAUUGCUAUGGGAACCAGAAAAACAUUCCUGGAGCAAGGGUUAAGAACCAAUAACAAAUUCAAUACAAUGUGAGGAUUUACUUCCACUUUUCCACUUCAAACCUGGGGUACAUUCACCUUGUUGGAAGGUGUGUGCUCUCACACUCCCAAUUUCUAUUCCACCACCCUUGUUUUGCCAUCGAAUCAGACAUUAAUUAUUUUAUUGAACCCAUCAACAAUAGAUGAGCAUGGAGAAUGGUGCCUGAAGAAGGUGGAGCCACGAGACAGGCAGAGUCGAUUGAGCAGUGCAUGAGGGGACACAAAUUGCCUUAACUGUAAGUAUCCUGGAGAGUCCCAUACAGUUUACAAAAAUCAAGCUUUGUUUUCCCUAAAUGUUACACCAUAUUUUGCCCAAAAAGACGUUAAAAAUUUCUCCGUAAUAGAAGACUGUUUUGCUAGGGUUAAAAAAGUUUGGCUUUCAUGAGUUUCAAUACAAAGGUGCAAAGCUUGCAAGAAAUUAACAACAUAAUUACAUAGCACACAAACAUUGUCAUCUAACUCCUCGCACGUAGACGGAAUAAGCCAAGUAAUGAAGCAUAUAACGAAAAAUCGUCCUCAAAUGGUCUCGAUAACUAAAUUAUACUUUUUUUUUGCAAAAGAAACUUUUGUUUGUAUCCGUGUUACCCAUCGAAAAAGUGAGGAGUUAUUGCAUAACAUUAGGUAUAACAGAGGUAAUACUCAUGGAUUUCACAAGUUCUAUGCUCUAUUUUUCACCAGGAAACAAACUUCAAUUCUUACCUUACAGUUGUCGGUCCUUUUACCUUGCUUUCGACAACAAAUUAAAGGCGAACAAAGCGAUGAAAUCCGGCACUCUUCUCUUAUAAAUAGCAAUUAGCCGCACGAGGUAAAGUCCACCAAUAUGCACUGCAUUCUCACUACAAAUAUAAACAAAUGUCGUGGUGAAAAAACAACGAGGAGGAAAGGAUGCCAGAUCUUCACCUCGGCUCCAGCUAGAAGAAGGUGGACUCAAAGUGGGACAAACAUUGUAAUUUUUUUAGAAGCCUUUUGCGCGCAAACUAAUUUAUUCUGUUGCAAAAUGAAGAUUAAAAAAAUGUAUACUGAAACCUAAUACACAACAAAAAAAUUUUCGCACUUUUGAGGAGCGCGACAUAUUAAUGGGAUUAAGUCGGAUUAGCUGCCCACAAAGAAAACAUCUCUGCGUGGGAUUGUACAUCCAGUAAAAGCAAUUUGUGUCCCCUCAUGAUCCAUGAUAACCUGUGAGUGGGAACCACCAGGCACUGUCACACUGAAAAUCACUGGAGACUAAAAGACUUACCAUGCCAAGACUUUCAGGGCGGAAAAACGUUCUGCGCAAGCUUCUGCGCAUCCCUUAUCGCAGGCUCAAGGCGGGCUUUUCUGUGUGUUGACUGUGUUUGUUUGUUGCUGGAGUUCUGAGUGAAAUGCACGAGGUGCGAACGUUUGUUCCCUGUAGAGCAUUUUUAUUUGACAUGUUUGCUUUUUUUACGUCGCUUGAAAAUUACUUUGGAUUCGGAACAACCAAUGUUAAAGGAAAAACGGAUCAUUCCGUCAGUCUGAGGUGGAAUAAAAGGUUUUGAACAUUUCUUAAGAGGCGAGUAUUUUUCUGAUUGUGCAUCCGAUUAAUUUAUGAGUUGAUUUCGCCGGGUUGAAUUAGAACCCGCUUGUAUUCUGUUAUUAGUAGUUACGGUUACUUUUUUACAUGCCCAGAUUUAUUACCUUUGCAGAACCAGCUUUAUCUUUGUCUUCAGUCAAAGAACCAUAUUGCUGUUAUCACGCAUCAACAAACUUGUGCGCUUAAAACUUUCUCGAAAAUAGAAGGCCAGCAAACUCAAGAUCAUUUUUCUGUUGCUCAAGUAAUAAUAGUUGGAGUUUUUUCAUUUUUCAUUACAUAGUUUUGUUUUCCAGUGCACUGCGAAAGUUUCUGUUCUUUAUGAGAAUAACUUUCUGUACGCAAAUUGUCCUUUUCACUCGCUGUGAAGUAGAGAACGACAACUGCCAGCAGUAACUUCAAAACAAUUGACUCUUUUCCCGUAAACAAUUGCUGCAGCUUGAUUUGACUGAGGCGAGCAAAACAAACCCUUAUGUGCAAAUCUUCUGUAUUUUCUAAUGAUCGGCUGAGUUUAAUUUGCUUAAACGAAGACCCUUGUAUUGAUAAUAGCUAAAUGGUGAAUCAUGGCUUGGCUGCCAAGUUGCAACUGAUCUUUUGCUUUUACGAUCUUUAGGUGGGUUGUUUUCGCACAGAAAAUUCAUUUCUUCAUUGUCAGCAACAAGUUUUUGAAAUAAUGUAACUUUAAUUUUAUUUGAAGGAGAUCCUUCUUACGCGUAGGUUUUUGACAGAUGUUAUGCGUGUUCAACUUGACAACACAAAGCAAAAUUUAUAUAUCUGCGCGAAACGAGCAAGUUUAAAAAACUAUAGUUGCUUUGAAACCGAUUUUUGGGAAUAUUUUACCAGAUAAAGAUUGACCUUCUUUCUGCUCACAUAUCAACGCAAUAACUUCUACAUUGAGGAUUUUGUUUAUAUUUUAGUGAUCCAAACCUCGAGCGAGGGUUUUAAAAUAUUCGCUCGAGUGCGACAAAGUUCAGUGACUUCAAACACAUUGUGGGCAAGCGUUAAUUUUUUUUUGGGCAAAUCACUGUCCAAAGAUAUAUUGUUUUUGUGUCCACAGUAGAGCUCCGGACCUUAUAUAUCCAAAACUAUAUGAACACAUUUUGUGAAUGCAUCUUGAAAAAAUGGGACCUACGCACGCACAUUUCCAGUACAACGCAAGGAAAUUAAUGUCGUUAAAGUCCGUUUUACUAUGAGGUAUUCUUCGAGAAAAUUAAGUAACCACAAGGUUAUAACCACAGCUUGCAACUUUUGAAGACAAAUUUCCUGUUCUUUCCAGGUUAUGAGUGGAAACAUUUUAUUUUGAGACAAGAAAAUAUUUGAAAUCCCGCCAUUUUUUCAAACCCGGCCAGGGGAUCUGGGCAAAAAAGUUCACGCAUGCUCAUUACGUUUUUCCGCCCUGAAGCCAAGACUGGGAUUGGCAGGGAAGGGGUAAACUCAAUGAAAACUGCCCAGCAGUGAAAAACAAACUCGUAGAAUGACAUCAAAAGCCAGGCUGUUAAUACAUGUAUGUGAACCCCUGCACGCAACCCCUGGCCACCCCACAUACUGAUCCAUGGGGGAAAACUGCUGGCCAGCAUUGUUUUGUGUUUAACUUAGCCUACCCAAUUACAUUUAGCCACAUUUAAAAGAUUUAUAAUUUCCCAUUCCUCUACAUGGAAGCCACCUCAGAACUACCACAAUACACAACAGCAAUCUACUGCACCAAAUAUUGUGCCUUGAGUGGGUUGAAUUCAUUUUUUGUUAUGUGUUUCGCUAGGAGCAAGUAUUCUAGCACUGUCAACUGGAGCGCACUUUUCGAAACACCCACUGUUGGUUGCUUCCCUCGCUGUUUUCAGUCAUUUUCUGCAAUUAAGCUCCCCAAAUGUGACGGACACACCUUUCCUUAAAGUUCAGAAAGUUGGUCCUGAUUCCCACUGUGUUUAUCUGCGAGAGUUAAGUAAAUUUCAACUUCUGUUAAAUUUUAAACUAUUAGCACCCUCUUGGGAGCUAGUAAACUGUAGAACAUUUCGUUGAUUCUUGUUCAUGUUGAUGCAGUCUACAGAUAUUGGAUGUAAAGAAAUCUUUUUCAUAAAAACAAAUGGUUGGAAGCCAUGUUGUUGUUCCAAAACUUCAAUAUAAAUCAGGCCUGAAAGAGAUGAUGGAGAAAAUGGCAGAAAAAUUGUAAGUGGCUUUAAUGACUUAAAAAGACUACAAAAACCAUUUUUUAGCUGGAAAAUUUAUAUAAUGAUAAACAUUGCAUAGUGAGAUAAUUAAGGCACUAAUCUGGCAAAAGAUCAGAAAACCCUAUACACUAGCUCUUAUAACUGGCCACCCACAAAUUGUAAACUGAAGGUUUUUUUGUCCCACCACCCCAAGAGAAAUAAUUUUGAUUUCUAUUAUUUCCUUUUUUGCUAAGUAUGCUGGAGCCAGUGAAUAUACCUAUAAUUAUAAUUAUGUAACUGAUUCCCCUGGCCAACUCAAAAUCUGCUUAAAACCAUAUAGCAGUUGCAGUACUGUAUUAAUUGUUAAUCUUAUUUAUUUUGUCAGAAAGCAGCAGGGAUCCUCAGUAUAUUUGAUAGAGAUAGGUGGUUCAUCUUACACAGGGAUGGUUGGUUACUUGACUGCAUUUCAAGAGAUGAUGAAAAAGGUACACUGUAUGAACUAUAUGGGAUAUUUGACAUGCAUUUUGUAGGUUAAAAGAAUAUUCAGGUUAAUAAAAUCUACCCUGGUUAAAGAAUUUGGGUAGAUUUAUUUCCUUUGUCUCAUUACACUAUACAUGUAAUAUUAUUCACGAACUGAGCUUAAUAGGAGGCAAAGGAAAUUGAGUGAAGUUGGUUUCAAAAACUGAAUUUAAUUUUGUCUAUAAUUACAUAUUCUAUGUAGCUAUUCAUAAAAAGAUUUUUAAGGUCCUAAGUGACUUUUCAUCUCAAUAUUAUUUAUUUUAAGCAAAUAAAACAAAGGCAAUUUGAAAAGAAAAUAUACAUUUACAUUGUAGCACUGAUCAGAAUUCCCUUGACAGAAAUUGUUUUUCAGGAAGCAUCUUAAGUGUCAAAGUUUCUCUGUGGUCAACCUGUUGCUUUGUAUGGCAUUCAGUUAUAUUUAGUAAUGGUGACUUGAGAUGAAUUUAAGAGCAAAUUUUAAGGAUUAAUUGCAAAGCAAAUGGAGCUUUGAAGUGAAAAAAUAUCAUCUGUCAGCAGAAGGAGUUACUGUACACCACUUCAUUUAACAAGCGUGGUUGUUUAUAGUGUGCUAAAUGCUACUUCUCAUCUUUUCGGUCAAGGGUACCUGUAUUUAACAGAUGCCCAAAUUAUUAAGAAGGUGCUAGUGGGGCCAGUACCAAGGGCAUCUACUUAGUAAAGUGUGCCAUGUUCUUUUAAGGGAAAUAUAAAUUAAGAGAUGAUCAUGCAAUCCAGGUCCAUAUAUUUCUUAGCCUCUCAUGCAGAUGUUCUUUGGGGUUUGUCACACAUUCCACUGACAACGUUAGUGGGGCAGGAAUGUGUGACAAACCCCUAAGAAUGUCUGGAUGGGAGGCUAUAUAUUUUUUAGAUUAUUUUGUUAUUUUGUUAAGUAGUUGUAAUUUGUUAGACCUUAGUAGUUUUAAUUUAUUGUUUGGAUGUUUUUCAUAUUUAUUCAGAUGUGUUGGAAGAUUAUGAUGAUAUUGUAGUUACUGUUGGCAGUGGAGGAACAGCAUCAGGAAUUGCUAUUGGCAAUUACAUGACUAGCUCAAAACUCAAGUAAGGCUCCAGUUUGCAUUUAAAUAAUAGUUAUUUCGGACCAACCAUGCAGUUGCUUGUUUAAAAGAGAUAUUUGCACUUUGCUAAAAAUGUGUUUAACAAAAUAAAAUGUGCUAGACUGACCAGUUCAGUUUUCUAUGGAUUGUGAUUCAUGCAGAAAAAAAAUUGCCAAUAUUCCUUUAGUUUUUCCUCUGUUUUGGAAUAAUUUAUUUUAAAGGUUGAUAUACAGGUAGCCUUCAAAGGCAAAAUUGCUUCCUGAUUCCCACCUGUUUUCACUAACAGAGUGGUUUUCCUGGCAAAGCAAAGUAAUCUACUGUAAAAGUACAAAAUGAAAACAGAAUAUAAUAGAAAAAAUGACUGAAGCAAAUGUUUUAAUUUUUUUGGGCAUAAUAGUGUAAUAAACCUUUUCUCCCUGAGGUUCCUCCUUAGACUACGUGGUAAAAAAUAAACAACAACAACAACAGCAACAAACAAGCAAAAAAAUCACUGGCCUUUAAGCAGUAGUUAAGGCACUUACUAGUCAGUCAAAAAGAAAAAAAAAAGAAGAAAAGCAAACAGAUGUAAAUCAUCCAAACUGUCCCCGGCUAUUACAAUUCAAAAGCUAUGUUGGCUUUUCUUUCUGCUUAAUUUCUUCUGUUCUUUUGUUAGGAAAAGUGAAAUAUUGUAUCUUCAUGGCUCAGUCAGUCAGAUUUGCAUAAUUUUGUGGAUGUUGUGCAAAGGUUAAAGAGAUUUACUGCUUAUUAAGGAAUUAUUCUUGAGUAUACGGUUGAUAGUUUUAAUUGGCUGGACUUUCACUGGAGGGGGUUACUCUCAAUAAUGGUCUAUUUUGGGAGGCUCCCCCCAAAGGGGUACCAUUUUUUGGCUUCAGGUACAUGAAAAGGUGGAAAUUUCAAGUAUACGAAAGAGUAGGGAAACCUGUGAUUUCGGUCUGUUACUAAGGCCCAAAAAGGCUGACAUACGCAUCAUAUGAUUAUUUUUAUCGCUGUGAAAUAGUUGAGAAAAUGUUAUGGUUUUGUGAUUCAUUCAUUCAAAAUUCAAAGUGAAUUUACAACAGCUAUAUUAGGGAUGCAAAGUUCUAAGCUUAACAGGUAUGUGGAAGGGGUACACGAAAGAGACACCUUUUCUGUCAAAAAUGUGGUAGUAUAAUUAUAAAUGGGAAAGGGAUUGCACCUUCAGCAAAGCCUACAGAAUGUAGUCCCUGUAUAUAACUUGGUAAAAAAAUUGAAACUGUGAAAAAUUUUGCUUUUUUUCAACUUUCUAGAUGCCUUGCGCAUACAGUCAAUGUGUCUGACAAUGCAGCUUAUUUUUACAAUAAAAUCAAUGAAGACCUUAGAAUUGGGGGAAUUGAUGUCAAAGCAGAAGAUAUUAUAGAUAUUAUUGAUGGCUACAAAGGGGGAGGAUAUGGUGUGUCAACUCAACAUGAACUAGGUGGGUAGGACUAGGGAAAUUUAUGUCAAAGCAGAAGAUAUUAUAGAUAUUAUUGAUGGCUACAAAGGGGGAGGAUAUGGUGUGUCAACUCAACAUGAACUAGGUGGGUAGGACUAGGGAAAUUUAUGUCAAAGCAGAAGAUAUUAUAGAUAUUAUUGAUGGCUACAAAGGGGGAGGAUAUGGUGUGUCAACUCAACAUGAACUAGGUGGGUAGGACUAGGGAAAUUUAUGUCAAAGCAGAAGAUAUUAUAUAUAUUAUUGAUGGCUACAAAGGGGGAGGAUAAGGUGUGUCAACUCAACAUGAACUAGGUGGGUAGGACUGGGGGAAUUGAUGUCAAAGCAGAAGAUAUUAUAGAUAUUAUUGAUGGCUACAAAGGGGGAGGAUAUGGUGUGUCAACUCAACAUGAACUAGGUUGGUAGGACUAAGGAAAUUUAUGUCGAAGCAGAAGAUAUUAUAGAUAUUAUUGAUGGCUACAAAGGGGGAGGAUAUGGUGUGUCAACUCAACAUGAACUAGGUGGGUAGGACUGGGGGAAUUGAUGUCAAAGCAGAAGAUAUUAUAGAUAUUAUUGAUGGCUACAAAGGGGGAGGAUAUGGUGUGUCAGCUCAACAUGAACUAGGUGGGUAGGACUGGGGGAAUUGAUGUCAAAGCAGAAGAUAUUAUAGAUAUUAUUGAUGGCUACAAAGGGGGAGGAUAUGGUGUGUCAACUCAACAUGAACUAGGUGGGUAGGACUGGGGGAAUUUAUGUCAAAGCAGAAGAUAUUAUAGAUAUUAUUGAUGGCUACAAAGGGGGAGGAUAUGGUGUGUCAACUCAACAUGAACUAGGUGGGUAGGACUGGGUGAAUUGAUGUCAAAGCUGAAGAUAUUAUAGAUAUUAUUGAUGGCUACAAAGGGGGAGGAUAUGGUGUGUCAACUCAACAUGAACUAGGUGGGUAGGACUGGGUGAAUUGAUGUCAAAGCAGAAGAUAUUAUAGAUAUUAUUGAUGGCUACAAAGGAGGAGGAUAUAACUUGUUAACUCAACAUGAGCUAGGUGGGUACACCCUUGUAGGACUGGGGUAAUUGUUUUUCAAACAGAUGAUAUUAUUGGUGGAUGAAAAGGAGUGCGAGGACGUGUGUCGCAACUGCUCAUUGAGAAAACAAUUAACAAACACAGUUUAUAACAAUGAAGCCUAGCCCCAAAACAAAAGAGCUGCAACAUGUAGGGGUACAACAAAAUUUUAUGUUUAAUCAAUGUGAAGGAGGUGGGUAUUUGAGGGGGGAGGUGGUGUCCACUUGUGUAUACUGUUAAAGUUGCUUACUAUAAUUUAAUUGUAAACACAUGAAGUAUUCUACCUGGCAACUUCCAAACCUUCCCCCACUACCCCCAACUCUUCUCAUAGGUUGGCCACUGAAUUUAAUUCGAAAACGUGUGCAAUCUUCGUGGCUUCUUCAAUUCACAUGACAUACAAUACAACUACUUCCAGCUAAGUAUAAGUUGGUACCAUUGCACAAUCUAUGACGUCAGAGGGUAAUAUUACUGAAAUCACUGCAGGGAAGGGGGAAUACAGCUCUACAUGCUGAGAAUUGACUGAGUCAUCAUAAAAAUAGCACUUUUUUGAACUGGUUGAGUCGUUUGGUGUGACUCGACAAGUGGUGUUCAUUGCUUUUAUUUUGACUUACCGGUAUUUUAUUUUGUUAUCAAAUUGCAGGGAACAUUAUUCAGAUUUCAAGAACAGCUGGAAUAUUGGUGGAUCCAGUAUACAAUAUAAAGGCGAUCAGAAGAAUGCUAACAGAGAUGACAAAUAAUCUUGGAAGAUUGAAAGGAAGAAGAAUACUCUACAUCCAUACAGGUACAAUUUUUCAUCACUAUAUACAUCUUCCUCCGUCUGACAUAGUGUUUAAUUCAGCUUUUCUGUCACUGAUAAAGAGCCUGCCAAAUGCUUCGCAAAACACAAACUAUUUGCUCGUUGGCAGUCUUAGAAUUGAAGUUACAAAAUGAUCAUAGUUAGACUGGAGAGGCCUUCAGAUACUUAUAAGUGUCGUAGUCUUUUAGUCUGUUUUUAGAUUUUUUAUCGCACGAUGUUGGCUGUGUUCACAAACCUGCGCAAUCCAACAUGGCAGUUGACCUCUAAGACAGAGUUUCCUUGAAUUGGCCUUCACAGCGUUUUCCAAGAUUCACACUUGCCAUUGCUCUCCUCUGAUUGGUUCAGAAUAUUUUGGCGAGAAAAAUAAAUCUAUAAAUCAGAGCGGAUAAAGGCAGGAUGGAGCAUUGAACACAUCCAAACUGAACUCAACUUUAAGGUGAUGUUACACGGGACGAUUCGCAACGACGAUUUUUAGCGCAACACAGAGUUGCAAUGCUGGAACAAUAUUGCAACGCUGUGUGGCGCUAAAAAUCGUCUUUGCUAAUCGUCUCAAAUAAGCAUUUACGAAUGACAAGUUUGACUUUCACAGGUGCAGACAUAAACAUGUAAAACUGCGUGUUAAUACUGUCAUAAAAUUGGUUUACAUAGUCCACACUGUUGGAUAAAAUUACAAUAAGAAAAUAGGAUUUCCGUUUUGUAGAAAAAAAACAAUUUAACCCGCCUUCGAACACACUGGAAGCGCGGGAAGAGCGCUGGAGCCAGUCCUACUCCGUAUCACACAUCGCUUGAAGAGCGGAGUGUUCGUUUCGUCAUCUAACUAUUAUUCGACUUGCUGUAAAUAGCCUGAAAAUCUACCACACUAUGACCCAGGCCUUAUUAGAGAGGUUAAGCAUCACGUUUACGUCAAACGGCAAACGCGAAUUUGUACCACGUGACCAAGUUUCCCCUUUACUUGUCAUUUACUGUUCAUUAUUUUUAGACAUGAAUUAGUAGUUUCACGAAAUGUUUAUCCAUAAGAAUUGUUUUGAGUUGUUUUUAUCUGCUCAUUUUCUAUUUUCAGAAAUUGUCAACUUGAAUCUGACGUUUGCCGUUUGCCGUAUACGUGAAUCUUAUCUCUGUAUCAUGUAUGACAGAUAUACGUCCCCGGUUGAUUGGCUGAAGUUAAUGAUACCACUUUUCCUUUUAGGUGUAGUGUUUCGUUUGUAUGAUGGCAGAAUGGAUUCCUUGAUCACAGGCUUGUAG